AUGUUUCGCAGUUCGACGAAUUUUGAUAAAUUAUUAGAUAAGGCGACGAGUCAUCUGCAGUUGGAACCAGACUGGCCUACAAUUAUGCAAAUUUGUGAUCUUAUACGCCAGAGCGAUGUUCAGCCAAAAAUUGCGCUCACCGCUAUAAAGAAGAAGAUGAUAAACUGUAAUCCUCAUGUAGCACUGUACGCCUUACUGGUGCUGGAAUCUUGUGUGAAAAAUUGUGGGACGUUGAUUCACGAUGAGAUAGCUACUAAACAGUAUAUGGAGCAAUUGAAAGAAUUGGUUAAAACCUCUCCGCACGAGAACGUUAGACAUAAAAUUUUGGAGCUAAUACAAGCUUGGGCUCACGCAUUUCGUCACAGUCCUAGAUAUAGGACAGUUCAGGACACGUUAAAUAUAAUGAAAGCCGAAGGUUAUCAAUUUCCUGUUUUGAAAGAAAGCGACGCUAUGUUUAGAGCAGACACUGCGCCCGCAUGGGCGGAUGGCGAGGUGUGCCAUCGGUGUCGCGUAACUUUCGGCAUGGUUCAACGGAAGCAUCAUUGCAGAGCAUGCGGUCAAGUCUUUUGCGGCCAGUGUUCGAGUAAAGUCUCUACUUUGCCCAAAUUCGGGAUUGAGAAAGAAGUGCGAGUUUGCGAAGCUUGUUACGAACAAGUUAACAAACCAUCUGCAACACAAGCCAAAGAUACCGAUCUUCCAGUGGAGUAUCUCAAAAGCACUUUGGCUCAGCAGCAACAGGUUCCAGCUCGAAAAACAGAAGAAGAACUGCGAGAAGAGGAAGAAUUAAAUUUGGCAAUAGCCUUAAGUCAGAGUGAAGCUGAACAAAAAGAAAAAGAAAAGAAACGUGCUACAAGUGUUAUAAAGUCCAAUCCAACUCCCAUAACUAGAACAACAUAUUCUCCACCACCAUCGCCCGGUCCUAGCCCGUUGCAGGUACAAGAUGAUGACGAGAUUGAACCUGAACUUGCUAAAUAUCUAAAUCGCAAGUAUUGGGAACAUAGGCAAACUGUAAACGAGGAGCAUGGAUCAAGAGUGGAUGUGACUAGUCCAUCUGCGCCUAACAUAAGCAGUCCGAUGCCCCAAAAACUUGUAUUAAUAAAACAGGAAAAUGGCGAAAUCGAUACUCAAAUGGAAGAAUUUGUGGGUGGUUUAAGAUCUCAGGUCGAAAUUUUCGUCAACAGGAUGAAAAGCAACUCUUCGCGAGGCAGAUCAAUUGCUAACGAUAGUUCAGUUCAGACUUUAUUUAUGAAUAUAACAGCUAUGCAUUCCAGAUUAUUAAGAUAUAUCCAAGAACAAGAUGACAGUAGAGUGUAUUACGAAGGCUUGCAAGAUAAAUUAACUCAGAUGAAAGAUGCUAGAGCUGCUUUGGACGCGCUCCGAGAUGAACAUAAAGAGAAAUUACGCCGAAGAGCAGAAGAAGCUGAGAGACAGCGGCAGAUGCUGAUGGCGCAAAAACUGGCAAUCAUGCGAAAGAAGAAGCAAGAAUACUUACAAUAUCAACGCCAAUUAGCUUUACGAAAGAUUCAAGAACAAGAAAGGGAAAUGCAAAUGCGUCAAGAGCAACAGAAACAGCAAUAUAUAAUGGGAGGUUAUCAAGCAGUUUCUGAGUUUAUGGGACCUUCUCAAGGAUCACCUGUUCGUCAUGUCCACUAUCCGACUGCUGGAACUAAUUACAAUCCUAUGUCACCCACGAAUCAAGGAGUUUAUAUGUAUGGGCAACCAGCCAUGGGUCAAUAUCCUAUGCAAGGGUAUAAUAUGCCACCGAUGAAUACUUUGCCAGUGCACAUGAUGCCAUCGCUUCCUAAUCCGGAGCAACAAUCAGAUCCAUCGAUCCAAGGACAGGAGAAUAUAGGUCGCGUGUCUAUACCAGGCCCGGGAAUAAUGCCGCCUCAAAUGCCGCCUAUUCAACAGCUUCAGCCACCGAGCAAUCAUCAGAUUGGAUCUCAACAAGGUCCCGCGGUACACGUGUCGCCAGGACAAGCUCAGGCAGGCAGACAUAUAUCACCUCAACAAGGCGCCUCACCUCAAAUGCCGCAGCAGGCCCCUCCUCCGACUCAAAUCGGAUUACCUCCGAUACCCCCAGGGCACCUGGGUCCUUCAUCAGGCCCGGUAGUUGCCGGUGCCGUAGUUGGUCUACCACCGCAAAUGGGAUCGCAACAACCGUCUACGUUGCCUGGUCAAGGACCCUCAAUAUCAACGCAUAUUUCCAAUACUGCUAUUUCGUCCAAUCAACCUUCGAGUGUUAUUCAAGUGCCUGCUGGAGCUAACAGUGGACCUGUUCCUGCAACGGGUCAAACUUUACCCGGCCCCCAAACGUCCGGUGUACCAACGAUGCAAGGAAUGACCCAAAUUCCUGGCGCGCAGUCAAUGCCAUUUCAACCUGCUCCUCCAGUCCCGACUACAACCAACGAAACUUCGCGAGCUGCAGAAGAUACAAAACCUAGAACGGCAGAGCUCAUUUCUUUCGAUUGAAUAAAUUGAAUAUUGUAUGUAAUACAUUUAAAGUAACAGAAAAAAAUGUUUUACUUUUUCUUCUAAUUAGAACAUUGUAAAGUUAAGACAGUUAUAACAGUUGCUUAUUUUACCGAAUAAAAUUCUGGCAAUGAAGCCAUAUAAUUUUACGUUUGUUGAUUAUUGACAUAAUACUAAACUGUUUUUAAGAAAUAUAUUAGAACAGAACGAAAUACGAACAUGUAUUUAAUGGAAUAUUAUAUUAACAGGGUAGAGAAGAUAUGAAUCCGGUUAGUUUUAUAUACACUUGUGCAAUUUACGAUAUCAAACAAAACUGUUUCUUGCUAUAUUGUUCUUUAAAAAAAAUAUGUUUAUAAUAAACAUAUAUCUAUGCAUGUACAGGAUAUCCUUCAACAUAUGAAAUAAAGACACAAUUUCUAAUACAACAAUUUGGUUAGUGUAUAUUUUUAUAUUCAACUC